AUGUUAACGAAAAAAGAAAUUGAACAAUUAAUUGAUAAAAAAAAUUUAUCAUUGAGAAUUAUCAAACCAACAGAAUAUGUUAUUUGCAAUCAAUGUGAAGAAUUACUUAUUUAUAAACCAUCUUUUGGCACUAAUUCCUUAUCUAAACAUGUUAGUAGCUGUCAAAAGGUCAAAACGACAGUUUCUCAUAAUCAAACAACUAUCAAUCCGUUUUAUGCAUCUUCAAAAAAUGAACCUGCUAUUCCAGAUCGAAUAAAGCAGGAAAUCAAAAUUGCUUGUGUUGAAUUUGCAGCACUUGAUUCUCGAUCAUUUAAAACAAUUCAUGGAAUAGGCUUCAAAAAUCUUGCACAAAAAAUUUUCGAUGCCGGCAAAUAUUUACCUAUAUCUAAAGGUAUUAAUGUUGAAAAACUACUUCCACAUCCAACAACAGUUAGCCGUGAAGUUAAUAAAUUAUAUAAUCAAAAGCAUCAACAAUUAGUUUCAAUUUGUCGACGUCUUAAAACCGUAUGGGUUUCGCAGGACGUUCACUAUAUUUCAUGUUUACUUCACCCGUCUUUAAAACAAUUUCAAAUUGCUCCUCAUGAAAAAUCUAAAGCUGUGGAUUUAGUUAAAGCUGAAUUGUUAAAACGUCAAUCAUCCACAUCUUCUGGAUCAUCAAUUAUCAAUAUAACACCUUGUUCUUCGACAAAGUCUUCAACAACAUCAAAAUCACAACAACUUACACCAACAACACAAAAUGUUCUUUUAGAGUGCUUUGACCAUCCUGCUGAAGGUGCAGAUUCAAUAUUAGUUCCAUCACCAGAGAAAGAAUUAAUACAAUAUUUGUCUUCAAAUAUUACACUUGAACCUAAUGGUGACGUCUUAUUAUUUUGGAAAAAACAUCAGAAUACAUUUCCGACUCUUGCUUCAAUAGUAAAAACUAUUUAUAGUAUUCCGGCUUCUAAUACUACGGUCGAGCGUUUGUUUUCUACAGCUAGUAAUACUAUUUCCAAUCGACGAACAAACUUAGAUGGCGAAAAGAUGAACAAAUUACUUUUUCUUAAUAAAAAUCUAUUGACAUUAAAAGAAUUUGAUCGUCAGCAAUUGUUAUACAUACAUGAAAAAUGA